GGGUACCCGGCCCACGACUCUUCCCACAACGUGAGCCUCGCGCCCCCCCAGAGUGAAGGCGGGCCCCUGGGCCGUUCCACGUGCGUGCUCGCCCUCACCAUCCGGCCCUCUGCAUUUGUUUUUCCUAUUUUGAGGUAGGAAGGGAACGACACCCGGCAGAAGGCCACUGGGCAUCCCUCCCCCGCCGAGGUUUCUUCGCAGGAACCCCGUGGAGCGGGUGCCGGGUCCCCCAGGUCUGGAGAUGGAUGGGCGAGCACCAGGCUGGGGUCCCCGGCCCCCGAAGGUGCAGCCGACUCUGAGGCCCCUGGUGACCUCACCUCCGCCUGCGUCCCCCGGGACAGUUAGCAGUCCCGGGUCCCCGGGGGCCCCGUAAGGUCCCCUGGGUCAUCGCAGUUGCCCUGCCGGACGUAUAUUGACAAGGUUGUCGCUUUCCAGAAACUGAGCCAGUUGGGUAGAGCUCAGACUGAGAGAUAAAGUAUUCUCAUUUAUGCUUUAAUAUAUUUACAUAUUAGUCUGUGUUUCUAACGCACAUAAAUGGCACAAUGGCCGCCUGCCCAGGCUGUCCGCCCCCCCUACCCCGCGCGUGGUCUCCGCCCGCCGGAUGUUGACUGCGUCGCUUAGCAACGGGAGAUGGCGGAGCCCGGUGAUGAGACCAGCGGGUCUCACCUGGAAGGAGACUGGACUUCUGAAGGAGAGGAGGACCAGAGUAAGGAAAGCGACCAGGUGUCAACAACAGAGAAGAGCAGUGACCAGCAAAAUGAAGAAGCUGUGGAUGCUCCAGAGCAUUCUGAGGGGGCAGUCACAACUGGUGGGGAAGUUGGAAACGAUGAAGAAAUUGGAAACGACAAGGAAUCUGGAAACAAUGGGGAAGUUGGAGAUCACGAGGAAGUUGGAAAUGGUGAGGAAGUUGGAAAUGAGGAAGCAGGAAAUGAUGUGGAAGUUGGAAAUGAUAAGGAAGUUGGAAACGAUAAGGAAGUUGGAAACGUUGAGGAAGUUGGAAACGAGGAGGAAGCCGGAAACGAUGGGGAAGCCGGAAACGAUGAGGAAGCUGGAAAUGAGGAGGAAGUGGAAAUGGAAGAGGAAUUGGACUUUGAAGAGGAAUUAGAAUCUGAUGUGGAAAUCAUGUCCUCUGAAGAGAAAGUCAGUUCUACAGAUCUGACUUACUCAGACAUCAGUCCUAGCGAGGUGCCUGGAGGGGAAGAUGGCCUCCCACACCCGUAUGAAAGAGCCAGCCUUGAGGACACAGAGUCCCUCCGUCCAUCAGAAUCCAGAGAGGUAGAGGUCAUCCCCACAGAACCAUCCCGGCAGCUAGUAGGCUCAUCCAAGCAAACGGGCCAGGAUGCUUCCAGACGCACGAAAACAUCCCCUGAAGCGCUCCAGCAGGAGGCUUCUCCUCUGAGAACACACCAUCGCCUCCGACUGAGUCCAGGGGACAGCAGGACGUCCUUUGUUGAGCUGUUCCCGAGCAUGGAGGAGCCCUUCGCACAGGAACCAGGGGAGUCCGCCGCCCAUCCCAGGGAAGGCUCCCUGCCCUCCUUCCUGGACACCAUCCAACAGCUCAGCACCACCGAGGAAGGGGUCACAGAGAGAGCGGAGUCUGAGGGGAGUGACGAGGAGGAAGAAGACGGGUCCCAGCUGGUGGUCUUAGACCCAGGCCACCCCCUGAUGCUAAGGUUCCAGGCUGCCCUGAAGAACUAUCUCAACAGACAGAUAGAGAAGCUGAAACUGGAGCUUCGGGAGCUGGAGGUGUCCGCCAAGCAAAUCCGAGUCCAGCGGCAGGAGCUGGGGGUGGAUCUCUAUGGGGUCCAACAGCAGCUGGUCCACCUGCAGAUGCAGCUCGAGAAAAACCAGGACUGCCACUCGAUCACCGCGUGCGCACGGCGGCAGAAGGAGCAGGAGCUGCAGGGCGCGCGCUGGCUCUACACCAGGACCUGCGAGGCCGCCGACAAGGAGCGCAAAACAUUGGCCGCUCUGCAAACGGAGAUGGAGAAGCUGGCUCUGCAUCUCUUCUACAUGCAGAACAUAGAGGACGACGUGCGAGGCGACAUCCGUGUGAUGAAGCAGGUCGUGAAGAAGUCAGAAGCGGAGCGGUCGCGGGCGGAGGUGGAGAAGAAGAAGCAGGACCUGCACGUGGACCAGCUCACUACCCGAGCCAACCAGCUGGAAGAGCAAAUCGCUCUGUUUGAGGCUCAGUCCUGCGCCCAGGCGGAGGACACCCGGAUUCUCAGGAAAGCCGUGAGCGAGGCCUACAUGGAAAUAGACACCAUUAACGUGGAGAAGACUCAUAUUCUGCAGCAGUGGGCCGUCAGCCUGGUGGGCAUGAAGCGUCGUGACGAGGCUUACAGGACCAUCCAGGAGGCACUCAGUGAAUGCCAGCAUCAGAUCAAGUCCAUCGAUGGGGAAAUCGAAGCCUAUAAAAAAUCCAUCAUGAAGGAGGAAGAAAAGAACGAGAAGCUGGCGAGUAUCCUGAACCGGGCGGAGACAGAAGCCAGCCUGAUGCAGAAACUGAGCACGCAGUGCCUGAGCAAGGAGGAGGCCCUGCAGAGCGAGUUCAACACGUACAGCCUCACCCUGCAGGACACAGAGGACGCGCUGGACAAGACCAACGUGGAAUACACGAUGACCAUGGGCGGAUUACAGACCGUCCACCAGACCAUCCGGGAAGAGCUGGACGUGAAGAGGAACCUGGACGUCUCCAUCAUAGAGAAGCUGCAGGAGCACAUGACCUCCAACAAGAUGACCAAGUACUUUCAGCAGCUCAUCCUGAAGCGCCAGAAGGAAAAGACCAACAUGGUGACGCAUCUCUCCAAAAUCAACGGUGACAUCGCUCAGGCCACCCUGGACAUCACAAAGACCACCUGCAGGCUGGACAUGCAUCAGAAGAUGCUGGCCGAGCUGGACAAGGACAUGCAGAAGAUCAACGACCUCAUCACCAACAGCGAAAACGAAAUCUCCAGGCGCAUGGUCCUGAUUGAGAGAAAGCAAGGCCUCAUCAACUUUUUCAAUAAGCAGCUGGAGCAGAUGGUUUCUGAGCUGGGGGGGGAAGAGCUCGGGCCCUUGGAGCUUGAAAUCAAGAGGCUGAGCAAGCUGAUAGACGAACACAGUAGCAGCAUGAUGCUGGCCCAGGUGAGCUGGCUCCGCCUGCAGCAGGAGAUGGUCCAGGCCACGCGGGAGCGUGAGGAGCAGCUGGCCUCCACCCACAAGUUCAAGAAGGAGGUGCACAUCAUGGAGCAGAAGAAGCUGCGGAUAGAGAAGAAGAUUGAUCAGGAGAGGAAGGAGCAGAAGGACAUCGAGCGUCACAUGAAGGCCCUGGACACCGACCUGAAGAAGCUCAACGAGCUGCUGAGCCGGAACCGCAGCAGCUCCGAGGACCUGCAGCAGGGCAACCUGGUGACCGAGAACGAGUUCGUGUGCACGCUCAAGGCCUGUGAGAGGGAGACCAUCGAGAUGCAGGAGAAGCUGGACCAGCUGACUGAGGAGAAGGCGUCCGUCCUCAACAGCCUGGUGGAGGCGGAAUACCAGAUCAUGCUUUGGGAGAAAAAAAUCCAAUUGGCCAAAGAGAUGCGCGCCUCAGUGGAUUCCGACACUGGCCAGACGGAGAUCCGAGCCAUGAAGGCCGAGAUCCGCAGGAUGAAGGUCAAGCACGGGCAGCUGCUGAAGCAGCAGGAGAGGAUGAUCCGAGACAUGGAGACGGCCGUCACCCGCAGGGAGGCCAUCUCGACCUGGGCCGAGGGCCAGAGCAAGAGGGACAAGAAGUCGCUCACCCGGACAGACUUCCACCACAAGCAGACAGAGCUUCGGCGAAAGAUCAGGGACCUUCACAAGGCCAGCGAGGACUGCAGCAACACCAUCUUGGAACUGGAAGAGACUCAAAAACGCAUGGGCGAGUCCCUCCUGGAGAAGCAGGCACAGCUGUCAGCCACGCAGUCCCACACCGAGAUGGUCGAGGCCGACCAGGACCAGCUGGUGGCCCUCAAGCGACAGAAACUUGCCGAGCUGGUGGCCCUGCAGACGCGCCUCAAGCACCUGCAGGCUGUGAAGGACGGCAGGUACGUGUGUCUGUUCCGCUCCAAGCAGUCGCUGCUAGUGGAGCGCAGGCGCCUGGACGACCGGCUGGCCGCCAUCAGCACCAUCCUGGACCACGUGAAGGACGAGUACCCCCAGUUCCAGGAGGCCCUGCUCAAGGUCAGACAGACGAUCGCCAACAAGCUGGAGUCGCCAGGGCCCUCCUAGAGAGCGUCCUGGACCACGACUUCCCAGGCUGGCCCCCGUGGAAGAGACCAGGAUUCUGUGUAUUACCAGGGACUUAGGAUCUUGUGUCACUGAAAGCCAUGUCCACCCUCAGAGAAUGGCACUGUUUAGAAGAAAUUUGUAGAAAUUUGUUUUAGCCACACAGCUGUUUAAGCCAAGUCAAAUCCCAGUGUUUCCAGUUGCAUCUAAGCAAGUCUUGCAUUUGCAAAUCCAUGCUCUCAUGGUAGCUGGGUUGGUGCUCUGGUUUCUGCAUGUGAGAAUGCUCCGGAGUGAGCUGGGCUUCCUUCUGACCGUGUCUGGUACCAACUCAGUCUUGUGGGUGAGUAAAGAAGGGACCCUGCGGAAAGCAGGAGUAUGAUGGCCCUCAGGCUUCAGCACCCCAGUGCGUCUGAAAACCCACAACCCGCCUUCUCAUCUGCAGCUUUCCCUGAUUCCACCCCGGGGAAACUCGGGUCCCUUCUCCUGCCCCCACUCCCCGCCGCUAAAUCCAGAUUCCCAGCUCACAGGACCAAGUGCAGGGGAACAACCCACGGGCUGUGCUUACGGAGACCUGACAACUGAAGUAAGACUGUGCCCGUGGGUAAAUACUGAGACACGUCCCAUGUCUGCCCACUUGUCCCACGUUCACUGUAACCAGAGCGUCCUUCUCCCACCCCCACCCCACCCCCGAUUCUUGUGGCACUUGUUACCGUGUGGCUUCUCUGCAGUGUAAAGGGACAAUGUUCAACAAAGUAAUUUCA